AUGCGUUGUUUUGAAAUCGCAACACGUAACUUUUUUUUCUGUCUUUCUUCCGGCUGCCAACUUCAGGCAAGUGAUCUGUACCUCAAGAUGCGUUCCGUUACAUUGAAGGAUGUUGAACAAGACAAGGUCGUUAAGACCGUCGCCGCUCAUCUUAAAAAGACAGGCAAAGUGAAGGUUCCAGAACACAUGGACCUGGUUAAAACUGCUCGUUUCAAGGAGCUGGCUCCUUAUGACCCUGACUGGUUCUAUGUACGUUGUGCUGCUGUCCUCCGCCACAUCUACAUCAGAUCCCCAGUAGGAGUCAAGACCGUCACUAAAAUCUUUGGUGGCCGCAAACGCAAUGGUGUCACCCCAUCACAUUUUUGCAGAUCAUCAGGCAGUAUUGCUCGCAAAGCUCUGCAAGCUUUGGAGGCUCUCAAGUUGGUGGAGAGAGUACCCGACGGUGGCCGCAUUCUCACCACACAGGGCAGGCGUGAUUUGGACAGAAUUGCUGCCCAGGUCCGCCUAAAGGCGAAGCAAGCUGCUAAACAGAAUGUUAUUGUUCUGUAA